AUGAAGGGGGAUGAUAUGGUCUUUGUGAACAAAGCCAACAAGUACUUGGCAGCGCUUGGCAAAUUCCUGAGUGCACUGUGCUUUGUUUGGAUUGCGGCUUUGGUCCUGCGACGUACCAAGAAGAUGGACAAGUUCUCCAAGAAGCAGCGCCUGGCAGUCUGUGGGCACUUGAACCCCUGGUGGCUGGUGGCGACGAUCGCGGUGGGCGCCUUGGUGACGCAGCUGGCGCGCUACGUCCACAUCUACUUCGACUCGGGGGAUGGCUGGAUCCGCGUCAGCGGUGUCUCCGCGGCCGUGAUGUUGCCCAUCUGGCUUUACUUCGCUUACCUGCACGGCCGAGCCUUCGAGGCAAAUCGAAAGAUGCUGCUGGAGGAUGGGGAGUUGCCCAGUGCCGUGCGAGUCCAGGCAGCAAGAAGGGAACAAUCAGUUGGUCGACUUUGA